CGCAAAACCCUAGCUGAGCCGCUCCGAGAGCAUUUUAUAUCUUCAAUCUUCAGUAGCAGCAGGCUGUUGUAGUGGCAGUAUAUAUCGGAGACGAUGAAGUUCAACAUCGCAAAUCCGACUACUGGUUGCCAGAAGAAGCUCGAGAUCGAUGACGACCAAAAGCUCCGUGCCUUUUUCGACAAGAGGCUCUCUCAGGAAGUUAGCGGAGAUGCUCUUGGAGAGGAAUUCAAAGGAUACGUAUUCAAAAUCAUGGGAGGUUGUGACAAGCAAGGUUUCCCAAUGAAACAGGGAGUUCUGACACCUGGGCGUGUCCGCCUUUUGCUUCACAGAGGUACUCCUUGUUUCAGAGGACACGGAAGGAGGACCGGUGAGAGGAGAAGGAAGUCAGUCCGUGGUUGCAUCGUGAGUCCUGACCUCUCUGUUCUUAACUUAGUCAUUGUGAAGAAGGGUGAAAGCGAUCUCCCUGGGCUUACUGACACUGAGAAGCCAAGGAUGAGGGGUCCCAAGAGGGCAUCUAAGAUCCGCAAGCUGUUUAACCUUGGAAAGGAGGAUGACGUGAGGAAGUACGUUAAUACGUACCGCCGUACCUUUACAAACAAGAAGGGCAAGAAGGUUAGCAAGGCUCCUAAGAUCCAGAGGCUUGUGACUCCAUUGACUCUCCAGAGGAAGAGAGCUAGAAUUGCUGACAAGAAGAAGAGAAUCGCCAAGGCUAACUCUGAUGCAGCAGAGUACCAGAAACUUCUUGCCUCCAGACUUAAGGAGCAGCGUGAUCGCCGCAGUGAAAGUUUGGCCAAGAAGAGGUCUAGACUCUCUUCUGCUCCUGCUAAGCCCGUUGCUGCUUAAACGUCCCAAAGAUUAAGAGAUUUUCAUUCUCUUUAGUUUGUUUCUGGUCGUCGUAUUUAAGUCUCUCCACAGACAUGAGAGCGCCAUUUUGAACGCUAUUUUUGGUUUCUGCUUUGUGUUAACUUUCUUGCCUGUUUUAUUAUAUCAAAGUUUUGAACCUAG